UAGAAUUUAGUUUAUUUUGACAUCGCGUUCGUGGCAAGUUGUGUGAUCGCGAAUAAUUAAUUGUUGUUAUUAUCGAGAAUUUGUAUUUUAUUUCUAUAAAAGAAAUUAUCAUAAUUAUUCGUUUGGAAGCUAUGAACACUUUAAGGCUUUUCGGGGGUGUAGAAGGUGGUGCAACACACUCUAACCUGGUGAUUUGCGAUGAAACAGGCAAAAUUAUUAGUAAAUCUAAAGGCCUUGGAACAAAUCACUGGAAUCUUGGUAUAGACGAGUGUGCAAAACGAAUUAUUCAAAUGCUCCACACGGCAAAGGAUGAAGCUGGUAUACCGAGGGACAAACCACUUGAUUCGUUGGGUUUGACGCUGUCCGGUUGUGAGCAAGAGAGCAGUAAUGCUGAUUUAGCUAGACGAGUCAAAGAGCUGGAUGGAUACAGCGCAGAUUCCGUCUAUGUAGCUUCAGACACAGCCGGGUCUCUCUUCACCGGCGCUCCAAAUGGUGGAAUGGUUCUUAUUGCUGGCACGGGAUCAAACGCGUUGUUGAGAACACCAGAUGGUCAACAAUUUGGGUGCGGAGGCUGGGGUUACCUGCUCGGCGACGAAGGAAGUGCGUAUUGGAUUGCCCACCGCGCUAUUAAAAUAAUAUUCGACGAUUGUGAUGGUUUUCGACCAGCUCCUCACUCGACAACAAGGCUUUGGGAGACAAUAAAAAGUUACUUCAAGGCAGAUUCGAGAGCAGAUCUAUUGCCGCAUGCGUACAAACACUUCGAGAAGUCAUUUUUUGCUGGUCUAACAGCAGAACUGUCAACACUCGCAGAUGAAGGCGAUGCUCUUUCCCAGCAUAUAUUUGCUGAUGCGGGUGCUGCACUAGCAUCGCACGUGGCUGCGCUCGCGUCUCGAAGCCAGAAUGGAACUAGGCCAUUCGAAAAUGGCUUGAGGAUUGUCUGCGUGGGAUCCGUGUGGAAAAGCUGGCAUGCGCUCGCGCCGGGUGCGUUGAGUGCGCUUGCUGCGAGACGGCUAAGAAUAGACUUAGAGCUAGUCCGUCUUCGCGUCUCAAGCGCAAUGGGUGCUGCCUGGUUGGCCGCUAAACACGUGAACUACAAUUUACCCCGAGAUGACUCGGCUUUCUGCGAAGUUUUCUACACAUACCGGGAGAACGGCCGAACAAAUAUUGAUGGGUAUGGAUGCGGUUGUAGCGAAUUUUGGUGCUAAAUCACUUGUAAAAAAAAUUGACUAUACGGAACAAACAAAUAAGGGUAACUAACGAUAAUUCUUAAUAGAUUUUACAUAUUGUAUAGUUUAACCAACCAUAUUUAUCUAUUCCGUCUAACGUAAACCGACUUCAAAAGAAGGUAAUCAUGAACUGAUGUACAAUUAUAAUUUGACAUUUGAAUAUGUAUUCAGGCUCCCAAGAAUGUGUGCUCAACUUCGUAUGUAGGUGCACAAAUUUGUAGGAAAUGAAUUAUUAUUCAUACUUAUUCCAACUUAGAUUCACAACAAAAUCGGUUCAGUAGUUUUUGAGGUACCCACGCAUUUCUGGAUUUAAAAUAUAAUGAAAUAAUACUGAUAGUAUUUGAGUCGGAUUUCAAAAAUAUUUGACAAAUAUACUGCAUUGAUCUUGUGAUAUUUAAUAUUGGAUAAAAACAUGAUACUAAAACGUAUAUCACUUAGCACGUGUAAAAUCUGUAUGCUCUUGUUAUAUGGUUUAAAGAGUCAUACUAACUAACCAUACUUGGUCAGGCUAUCUAGUAGUGUCAUAUAUACCUACUUUUAUGCAUUUUUUGCUGUUUAAAUUCAAGACACAGGAGCUGGCCUCCAUACAAAUUGACUUCGGAAAUCUAUUAAUUAUUUUGUUCUACAUAACAUUAAAUACUAGUUUACAUAUUACAUGCAAUUUAUAAUUAGAAUAAAAUUUCAUUUUUGCGCACAGAAUUUUUUAUUUUUUAGAUUUAGGUACUUAGUGUGCCAAAACAACGACGUAAUAUAAGGCUUAAUAAAUAAAAAUCAAUUGAAAAGUGUAUUAGAAAUAUUUUUAUAUUUAUUUUAUAUUAUUAUUAUAAUUAGAUUUAUAGUAAAUAUUGGAUAUUUGAUGUUUUUGAUCAUUUUUUGCCAAAUAAGAUCUGAAUUUUAGGAUCUGAUAUCGAAUUGUUGUAAAAAAUAUUAAAACAUAUAUUAAAUAUUUUAUAGAAAUAUAGUUCCUAUUUCUAAUAGUAUUGGAAUAAGGAUUAUCAUUUGAAAUUGUUAUAUUAUUGUGUAUUUCGAUUUAUAGGGACCAAUGUUUUAUUACAUAUCAUAUUUUAUUUUGGACCUCACUUAGCAUUAGAUUUAGAAUAAGUAAUCCCUUUAUAGUUAUAAAUAGUGUAUUGUAUUAGUUUGAUCAAAAUAAAUAUCUUGAAACAA